GGGAGGAUUGCAUCGGCAAGAGAGACAGACACACACACACACACACAGAAAUAAUAGGGCAUGUGAAUUAGCCAAAGUGGAUGCAGCAUCACUGAGAGGCGCAGAGUGAAAGUGAGGGAGUGAAUGGCAGCGAGGGACCAGAAGAAUACGCAUGUGUGAUCAGCACAAACGGGAAGGCUGAGGAGCUGAGCAGAGGAGAGGAGAGGAGAGGCACUGCUGCUUCACUGAAUUCGGGCGAUCUCAGGGCUGGAGCCGUCCAUACUUCCUCGUGGAGGGCUGCUGUUCUAACCACACACCGCCGGGACACACACAGAGACUCAGAGGACCUGUGGUCAUGGCAGACAUGGAAUCUCUCGGUGAGGCCCUGAAAGCCAUCAGUGUCAGCACAGAGCUGGUGGAGGAGGAGCUGAAGCCUCAUCUGGAUGUUCUGCUCAACCUCCUAUUAGAGAAGAAGAAAGGAACAGCAGAGAAAAUAGUGUCGAGUGGUGUUCUGCCCAUACUUGCUCAAGUCCUGAGGAAGAAGAGUCCCCUCACCUCUCAGGUCACCUUACUGGUAGCAGAGAUGGCCAGAGAAGCUGCUGUGAGGGAGCGCUGUAUUGAAGCAGGUCUGGUGACCGCAUUAGUGCCUUUACUGAACAACCCAGACCAGGACCAGCUCCUGCACACAGGCCGAGCAAUUGGACGGAUCUGCUUUGAAAAUGCUGUCCAGCAGACACAGCUGGUGGAGAAUGGUGUAAUCCCCAGGCUGGUGGCCAUAAUGCAGCAGUAUCCUGAGAAUGACCCACUGGUAAACGUCUGCCUGCUGGCACUCUGCAACCUUGCUGAUGUGGAUGCUGCACGAGAGGCCCUGGUGGAAGUGGGUGUAGCGGAGGUCUUGACCUAUCAGCUGAAGCGGGCACCAGACGCAGAACGCCGCCAUCUCAUCCUAGAGGUUCUUGGGUCACUGGGAGAGAGUGAUGCUCUGAAACUGCAGUUUGUGGAAGCAGGCGUGCCCGAGGCGCUCUCUGAAAUGAUUCGAACUCUUCAGGGUGGCUCUGACACACAUGACCUCUGCAGCAUUAAAGUGGCAUCAAACCUCAUAGUGACCCUCCUGCUGGGAGAUGAAUCAAUGCAGAAGUGUUUUGGGGAAGGGACAGGGAUGGUGUAUCAGGAUGUUCUCUCCUGGCUACAGUCGGCAAAUACUGAGCUGCAGUUGUCAGGAGCCCUGGCCAUUGCUAACUUUGCCAGAAAUGAUGGCAACUGUGUGAAGAUGUUGGAUUUAGGAGUUGUUCCUCGUAUUCUGGACCUGCUGGAGCAGCAUGUAGCAGAGGGAGAUGUAUCUGUGCAGCACGCUGGCCUCAGUGCACUUCGAAAUCUUGCUAUUCCAGCUUCUAAUAAGGUGCGUAUGUUGGAGGAUGGAGUCACAGAGAGGAUCAGGACCCUGCUGCGCUCCGACAUGCCCCCCGUGCAGUUCAAACUGCUGGGCACUUUGCGCAUGAUGGUGGACGGCCAAGAGGAAGCAGCUUCAGUUUUAGGGAAGGAUGAGGUUCUGUUAGCACGGGUGAUGGAGUGGUGCGAGGCUAAAGAUCACGCUGGUGUCAGAGGCGAGGCCAACCGUCUUUUAGCAGCUCUCAUAAGACACAGCCGAAACCCUGAAGUCAUCCACACUGUCAUUAAAGCAGAUGGAGUCCAACAUCUCAUCUCAAUGGCAACCAGUGAGCACGUCAUCAUGCAGAAUGAGGCUUUAGUUGCUUUGGCCAUUGCUUCUGCAAUAGACAUCGAGGCAGUGCAAGAACCAUUUCGGGAUGCAGAUCUCCUUCCCACCUUGCAGAAGAUGCUAGAUGACCCUGUUGUGGCCGUGGAGGUCAAAUUCAGUGCUUUAGGCCUCAUCUGCAGCCUUGCCAACUCUAGCAUGUUACGGGAGCAGAUAACGUCUCUAAACCUGAGGGACACCCUGUCCAAACUGUCCGCUCACACCAGCACAAAGCUGGCUAAGCAGGCCGACAUGGUGAUGGCUGUUCUUUCUGAGACCGCUUAGACUUGCAUAGUCAUCUUCUUGACACACGUACAGUCAGAUAUCCUUGUGGGGAUAUUUUCUGACAUUUCAUCCCCAUAAGGAUAGUGAAACAAACACACACACACA